AACCUGAGCGAGGUGUGGCCGCGCCCGCCGCCGGGGUGAGAGAGGGGCGGGAGCUGGCUGCAAGUUGGAUCAAGCAGGAAGUGAACUGACGGCUGCCCAGGGAGGAACAGACUCAGCCAGUUCUGCCGCCGACGGGCCUGGGCCGCUGGAGACAUGGAGGAGACCAGCAGAGGUGGAGGAAGUGACCGUGUAAGAAAUCUGCAGAAUGAGGUGGAAGGAGUCAAGAAUAUUAUGACCCAGAAUGUGGAACGCAUCCUGGCCAGAGGAGAAAACUUGGACCAUCUCCGAAACAAAACAGAAGAUCUGGAAGCCACAUCUGAACACUUCAAGACUACAUCGCAGAAGGUGGCUCGGAAGUUCUGGUGGAAGAAUGUGAAAAUGAUCGUCCUCAUCUGUGUCAUUGUGUUCAUCAUCAUCCUCUUCAUCGUGCUCUUUGCCACUGGUGCCAUCCCAACUUAGGGCAUCCCUCUCACCCUGCCCCUUCUUCACUCCCUAUAUAGGGUGCCUCGAGGGGCCCUUGCUCCCGUCCCCCACAGGGAAUGCUGCUCAGUUCUCCUACCCCUCACUCUGAGGCCCCUCUGCCACAUUGUCUGCCCCAGAGAGCACUUUGGUCCCCCAGAAGGAGAGAGCUGGAUGGUGGCUGCACCUCAUGGGUCCUCAGGAUUGGAGAGACCCAGGGGGCCCAGCAUGUUUCUGGGAAACUGUUGGUGGCCGGUGGGCAAUAAAGACCUUCUAGUAGUA